AUGGCGAGCCAGAUCCAUUUUCUCGACAUCAAGGGCAAGCCGUUGUUGUCGCGAGAUUACAAAGGGGACAUCCCCGGGAACACGAUUGAGCAGUUCCCCUUGCUCUUGAUGGAGCUCGACAACGCCGACGACGGGUACAAGCCGUUUGUGUGGCACCAAGGCAUCAACUACGUGUACAUCCAGCACAACAACUUGUACAUCUGCGCCCUUACCCGCCACAAUGAGAACGUCAUGGCUAUCGUCAUCUUCCUCUCAAAACUUAUCGAGGUGUUACAGCUGUACUUCAAGCUGCUUGAAGAGGAACUGAUCCGCGAUAAUUUCGUCAUCAUCUACGAGUUAUUGGACGAGAUGAUGGACUUUGGCGUGCCCCAAACUACCGAUACCAAAAUCUUGAAAGAGUACAUCACUCAGGACUACUAUAAGCUCAUUCGCCAUACCACCAACCGCAUGGUGCAACCGCCUAACGCCGUCACCAACGCUGUGUCGUGGCGGAAGGACGGCAUUUUCUACAAGAAGAAUGAGGCGUUCUUGGACGUGGUGGAGUCGAUCAACAUGUUGAUCACGGCGCUGGGACAAGUGCUCAGCCUGGAGAUUUUAGGGGAAAUUAAGAUUAAAUCCCAUUUGCUGGGGAUGCCCGACUUAAGAUUAGGGCUUAACGAUAAAGGGAUUUUUACCGGACAAAGUGAUUCAGGGGCUACUGCGGAAGGGAAAGUGGAGAUGGAGGACAUUAAGUUCCACCAGUGUGUCAGAUUACUGAAAUUUGAGAACGAAAAGAUUAUCACGUUCAUCCCUCCCGAUGGUGAGUUUGUCCUCAUGAGCUACCGGUUACUGCUGGCCAACUUCUUGAUGAAACCGGUGAUUUUAGUCAACUGUAAGCUGAAGGUCCACAAACACUCGCGAAUCGAGAUCUUGUGCACGGUGCGGGCGCAGAUUAAGAAGAAGCUGACUGCCAAUAACGUCGAGGUAAGAAUCCCGAUUCCCCCUGACGCCGAUACCCCUAAAUUCCAGCCCGAGUACGGGUCGUGUAAGUGGCUACCGCAGGAGCUGUGCAUCGUGUGGAAGCUCAAGACGUUCCCGGGGGGCAAGCAGUACCACUUGCGGGCGGAGCUUGGUCUCCCCGCCGUCGACGACGUCGAAGACAUGACGAUGAAAAAGCCGAUAAAGGUGAAAUUCUCCAUCCCUUACUUUACCACCAGUGGCAUCCAGGUGCGCUACUUGCGCAUCAACGAGCCCAAGUUGCAAUACCAGAGCUACCCCUGGGUGCGCUACAUCACCCAGUCGGGCGAAGACUAUACCGUCCGUCUGAGCUAA